UAACAAUGUACCGGCGCGUAUUAACUUUGUAACCUUCUUCUACUACCCAUGUAUUUAUGUAGGGUAGGUGUAAUUUGAAGUCUAUAUACUAAAAGAGGUACAAAUGACCCCCAAACGCAGGGUGCUUUGUGCCUAACUGUUUAUUCAGGACUCGGAAUCGCUGAAUCCCUGCACAUCAUGAUCUUGUUGCUGCUUCUAGUUGCCAGUCUUGGUGUUGGCCUUGCUUAUGUUGAAAAUCAUGAAGUGGAGUAUGGAAACAGAUUCAGGAUGAGGGUGUCAAGAAGGGUUCACUUUAUCGAGUUCAUCCCCAAGAACAAAUCAGAAGGGACGAUCUUGUGGGAACGUGACGAAGCUCAGCCCAGAGAGGGCAGUAGAUGGAAGAUGACUGGGACCUUAUAUACCAUCAGUUCUUUAGCCCAAAAAGACAGUGGCCGCUACAUAUUCAAAGACAACUAUGGGGAAUUGAUGCAUGCGAAGAUCAUUGACGUAAAAGAGGUCACAAAGAGCUAUACCCUGGAGACUAAUGAAGUCCUGAACGUCACUUUUGAUCUGGAACCGCACUCCUGCAACAUUUACUUCUUCCCUGGCGAAAACAGUAAGACUGCGAUAGUCCUUAAGGGCAGGCUGCAGCAUGAUUUGAAACAAGUGGAUUGCGUGGGGUUUGAGCUUUUAAAGCCAUGUGGGAUUGUACACAAGGCCAUCCAAAAGACAUGCAGUGGACGGUUUGAAGUCAGAGAUGAUAAUGAUGACAAAGCCUUGGUAGUGUUCCUGGAAAUGGAAGAGCCACAGUUCAGUCAGGCUUACCUCAGUAUUGGUGGUGGUGUAUUGUUCUUCACACUGUGCUGGUGUUGCUGCAAGUACUGCUGCUGUGGUGAGAGCUCCUCAGCAAAGGACAACUCAGAAGCAGCUGCAGAGAAUGAUAGCGAGCCUGCUGUGUAUUACCAUGAGUUUGAGCCUGUGGGUCCGGGAUCAAACCAGAGCUGUGAACUCUCUAAUCCACCCAACACUGAUGAGGCUCCUGAUGCUCCAGUUGACCCACUGAUACACAGUUCUGCUGCUAUGGAUGCUCCACCUGCUUAUUGUGAGGUUACACCGCCGGCGAAGCAGGAAGAGGCUCCAACCAUCACUCCCACCUCCGACCCUGAGCCACAGUUUGAAUUGAAGGGGACAAUUUUCAAUUCUGGUCCGCCACUCAGCUCAGCCUCAACGUACUGUGAUGUUUAUACCUCAGAAAAAUUCAACUUCUCCUAAAAGUCUUGAUUUUGAACUGUGUUCUUUAGUGUGGCGACGAAGGGAUAGUUUACAUUUCAGGGAAUCUGACAUCUUUUAGCAAGGAAGAAUUUGUUUCGUAACCACUGGUAAAUUUACAAAUUUAUGUUUCUACAGAUAGUUUUUAUGGAUAAAAAACUUUAGAACCAAAAACAUUUUGAAGUUUGUGUCUUCACUGCUGCCUGCUGUAGUUCCAUAUUUAUCAAGGAGAAAGAAAAUGUGUAUUUUCAGAUCUUCCUCUGUCUUUUUGUUUUUUAUGUUGUGAUUUUUAAGGGAUACUGCACAUUAAUGAACACUACUGUAAAUACAUUUUUCUGUUCUCUAUAGUUCUGUCAGGAAUACGUUAUGCAUUACAGACCACUGUGAAUGUGAUAUUUUCAGGGAAGAUAUAUGCAGUAGACACGUUGCAAUAACUUUAAAACUGAGGUUUUACAGUUAAAUGUGGAAUCUGAGUCAUAUUAACUUAAAUAAGGGAACUGUUUUUAGCUCCUGAGAAACAUGCAUUCACAGUUGUAUGAAAUGUUGAGACUGCUAAUGAAGAUGCUUAUUUUAGACUUUUUUGUUAUUGUUGCUUGUAUGAAGAUUUCAUAUCUUAGUCUUUAGUCAUAUUUUGUACCAAAAAGCAAACUUAGAAAUGCCAGGGCCAUCAAUAUGGAAAUAUUUGUAUGCCUUACCAAAGACCUACCCUCCUGAAAUGUGGUUUAUGUUUUGUUUUUAUAUAUUUGAUGUAUUUGUGUCCAUAUAUGGUAACUUUCGAUCUGUCACAUUUAGUUACAAGUGCAAUACCCCUUCAUCCUGUGAAAGUACUGUCAAUUGUGUGUAUUGUGUGUAUGUUAUUUAAGCACUUUCUGAGAAGACUAUAUGCUGUAAAACCUUUUAAAAAACCCUUAUGGACAUAUCAGCAUGUAUUUAGACAUCUGUUACAUUGAAGCUAGCAUUAUCCUACCUCUACAACUUGUUUGGUAUUUGCAUUUGUUCCCCUGCACAGUUUACCUUCACUAAUACUUAAAGCACCUCCAACAGUGUCACCAGAGAGCCAAAAGCUCAUCCAAGCACAUAAAUUCCUUUCUGCCAUAGCAGCUGGUUCACAGAAGACAGGAAGCAGAGCAGGACUCAAACUACAACUGAGGCUUUUCUGUCUUGAGAAGAAAAACAACAGAACCUCAGACUUGUCUGACACACACAAGUAUGAAUCCUGUGUAGAGACAUUUAAAAAAGUUUAUCAGCUCAUACUUUAAGAACUGGAGUAUGCGUUCAAACUAACUUUGUUAUAGCAGAAGAAACAUACAAACUAAAACUCUAAGCACUAAAACCUCAAGUGACUCAUUUAAUUUCUUAAAGUUACUUAAAAUUAAUAUGUUUUUGUUUAGCCUUUUCCCACAAUAAUUGGCAAACUCUGUGUAGAUUAUAUCAGAGACGUGGGAAUCCUAUAAAGGCUAUAGUAUGUAUGCUAUUGUAUAACAAAAAUGUGAAAAUAUCCACUUCCAUUCUUUCACAGCUUGAGUUAGGGUUUUGCUUUUUAAGUUUUUGGGGAAGUGUAACAAGAAGAUUUUCUUUUAAGUGACUGAGAAAAGUUUGGAAGGAGUUGCAAAAUCUGCAUUUAUCUGUGUUUUGGACACCUGGUGAACAUAUGCCCAAUAUUUAAUGCUCUCUAAAUUCUGUUAAGGGAAACAGCUGGCUCUUUAGGUGCUCUAAAGUGUUCAUAAGCUAGCUGCUGAAUCGGUUUGCCAUUUCUGUAUAAUUAAGUGAAGUUGUGGCCUGGGAAAUCCAAAUGCAUAAAAAGGAUU